AUGGCCAGCCUGGAAGGUCGCCGCUCGUGCAGAUUUUGGUAUGCUUCCCUGUGUAGCCUGCAAAUGGCGCAUUCCAUGGCGAUGCUUAUUGACGAGCACAAUUUGUUUGCUUACACGUUACUUUACUUGUGCUAUUGUGGUUCGCAGCCGGAUAUCGAGUACCGUGCUGACCUCGAGUCAUCUUCUCAUUUUUCAUACACUACCACAUAUUUUUCAACAAGGUGUUCGGGACAACGGCCCUGGUGUAAGACUUGCAAGGAGAGGAACAAGCUUUGCAUCUACGAUACCGGCGCGACAAAUGUUAAAAGGCAGGAGACAGAUGUCCAGCUUACCAUCAAGAGCACGCCUCCUACGCUGCCUUUUCCUGGUCCCUUUCAAGACACCACCUUAUUUCAUGAGCUUCUCACUCUGUUCACAAAUAAGCAAGACUCCCUGACGUCGAACGAGUUUUUGCAUCUAAAUACAGACCCGAUGGGAUGGAAACGUAGAAAGCGUGACAACGGGGGUGGAUGCUUCAGCCAAAAGCCAGAACUCAGUUAUCAACAUGGACUCUCUCAAAUUCUCAGGAUGACUGUCGAUUCACUCGUAGGUACCAUCCUGCGACAAUGUUCUGUCCGUCAGUCGAAUAGUGCUGACCGCCUUCGUGAAACUGCAUGCCUGUAUUCAUACACACAGGUUAUUAGAUCUUUGCCCUUCGCAGAACGCCUUCAAGCGUCAAUUACUCUAUCUCGCUUUGAUAAAGUGGACGACGGCAGAGUGGCUGACGAUUUUCACCAACACGUCCCGUACGUUGCACAACGAGAGCGCACAUACUCCGAUGACCAGCGUAUGAGACAUCCAGAGAUUCACGACUUAGGCUUCAACAGCCAUCCAUUCCUUGCAUUGAUUGUCUGUCGAACCAAAUUUUUCGGGGAUAUUGAUGAAAAGGCCCACGACAAAUUGCUGUACGAUGCCGUUCUCAUUGCUGGCCUCGGGGCAAAAGAGUUUCUUUCUCAAAAUUCAUGGUGCGCCCAGAAACAGGCGCAUGGACUACCGAAUCUGGACGAGCUUGUGCGAAGGACGACCUACACGCUCUACGGAAUCAAGCUUGGCUUGCUCAAAGUCUCGCAACUUCACGUAUGCACACAAUGCAUGAUGGUCCUGGCAUGGCACGAGCUCACGCAUGGUCUUUUACGACGAGCGGCCACCUGGUGGACGAUCAUUUGUGAGAUCAUCCUCAGAAUCCGUGCAAUCACGGAUCAAGGAGAAAGAAGCGUAGAGGUUCACAUCAACGGCGUCGACUUGGACCUCAUCGUUGGCGAAGAGCUCAAGAACAUGCACACAAUUGCGCGACUUAUUCUCGUUUGGCUAGAAUUGUAUUUGGGGCCUUUCCCCACGGACACUUGGCUCGGCUGUUGUGCAAGGGACUUGCAGGCCAGUGAAAGGACGUCUUCGUGGAUUCUAGAGCUAGAUGACAGGAGUGGCAAGAUUUCGACCACUGAGUCGUACAAGAGGGAGUGGACGCUCCUCAGCAACAUCGAAAGGGUCAUUGGUGGCCUUACAGAAAGCUACAAAUUUUGGAAAAGCAACAAAGGCCUCACCGAAAACCGCACGCUGGCCACCACAAUGCAGGAUGAUGCUACGUGGAGAGUAUCGAGCAUCCUGUCACAGUCCAGGCUCUUGAAUUCGGGCACCGGCGGAGCAGCAACGUCGGAGCACUCGUCUGCUGCUGCGCUCAUCUCUCUCACUGCGUUGCUCGCGUGUUUUCAUGGACAACACUCUCCAAUCUCGAUCAGCGCGCAAGGUGUCGAUAACAUCGUCAAGGUCUGCUCAACCAUCACGCUUCAACUUCGAGACGCGUUCGGCGGCUCGGAAAACACUUCGGGCUCGGUCAGAUCAAGUGGUGGUCACGAAACAGGACGCUGUUCGGCGUGUGCUUCCUACUUCAUUGACACGCUGGAUGGCAACUGUAUUGCGCUCACGAUGAUCGAAACGAUUGCGCUUACGUUCGAGCUCUUGCUGGCGCACACGGAUUCGGAUCGAGUGACCAUACCAGCGGAUUGGUCCGAGGAGGUGAAUUUGUCAGUAGGAGCACAACAGACGGUGACUGAAAGGCUAGGAAAUAUUUUGGGCAUUAUCAGCACCAUCAGGGAAUGCUUCGACAACAUCCUCAAGCAAGGAAGGAGGCCUGGUCAGAUUAUAAGGAUGCUGGACCGAAUGCAGGAACAAAUUGAGAAUCUUGGGAUUCAGCCGGAUGUUUCUUUUGCUUUCGAUGUCGCUUUUGCACAAAUCGAAGCCGAUCCUUCACUUGGAGAAAAUGCGAAGCUCCAAAAGAAAGUAGGCAAGCAUCUAAAGUCGUACGAAAUGGAUCAUCUGCAUUGCUCCUCUAUCGGCAUAUCUACAACUCCGAGUUUCGAGGGGAGGGGACAGUGGCUUCCAGCCUCGUGCCAGACGUCGAGUUUGGGACAGCCGAUCACUCUUGACGCUGCUUUUCCUACACCGCCGUCCAUUCACACAAACUUUACAUCGCAAUCUAAGGGGUCUAUCGCACAUGGCCCCGGCCCAAUCUCGAUAUGGCGACACGAUUGUCCAGGACCAGCCAAUCCCCAACUCCUAGCCGGUUGCAACAGUGGAAGUUCCUACGCCAGAAAGGAUCGUUUCCCGAUCCACGAACAAGCCAGCCAUGCAUGGCGAGAAGGAAACCCCACGGAUACACCGCCAAUGUUGGCUCCAGCACCUGUAAGCUGCGAAGGAGUUAGUGUUGGCUCUGACCAUUCAUCACGGAACCCUGCUAUGACUGCCACAAUGUUCGACGAGACCAUGCUACAGCAGAUGCAGACUUAUUCGAUGGAUCUGGGUUCCUCUCGCAGUGCACAAGGUGGGUGUCAUGGCCGAGGCGGCACGACGCUACGUCUCGAAGGCCUUUUGCCGUGCGUGAGAAUCGAUUCUAGGCUAGGUCACGAGGCACAAAUGGAUCCAGAACAACAAGCAUGGGGCCGCAGCGAGGCAACCACAUCGCAGACAGAGGUGUACCAACGCAGCUAUGAUGCUUCUACCGAUGUCCGAUCCUCCAAAAGAGCUCGAAUCGAACAGCAGAAUCCUGGAUGGCCACACGAACAACAAAUGUGGGCUGCACAGGAAGAUCUGAGCGGCACAACCGGUGUUAUACGUGUCAACGAGGUGUUGCCAAGUAGGUUGCAAUCGUUUCGCGCAAGUGCGAACUCGGCAGUCGAAGCAUUGGCGUCAAUCCAAGGCAUUCAACCGUUGACUGACGAGAUGUCGACAGGCGGAGCUGGGAGUUCGCUCUUGAUGAGGGGAACUCGGGAAGGCGAAGGAAGGACUAGUGGAGUGGCCUUGUCCAACUUGAGCCUUACAACUAACCAAGAAAGGGGUAAGGAAUAUUACGAUGACCACGAGAAUGACACCGAGUGCAGGGAAGAAGAAGAGGAUGGAGAGGGCAACUAA